AUGGACGCCAGUGCUUACUGGCCCGGUGGCUUCGCCCUUGCUACUUCCUCACUAGGUUUACAGGGCAAUUCUCUAAUUACAUGA